AUGAAAUUAAUCGGUGGUUUACCUAAAAACGACAAAAAAAAAGAUAAUUAUGGUUAUGACUCAGGUGGUGAAUGCGUUGCUCUAAUAGUAAAUCGUUUUCAUUUUCCAUCAAAUAUUAAUAAUUUAUUUUGGUAUAGUCUUGACAUUGGACGAAUACAUAUUGUUUAUUAUUCAACUGAACAUGAUUCUCGUCGAAGAUCAACACAAUAUAGAUGUAUUGAAGAAGAUCUUCGUUCAGUUAGUCGUAUUCGUACGUCAUGA